AUGGGUGUUGAAACCAAUCGAACGGUCCUUCAAGAGGAAAUUGAAAAAUUAGACGGAUUCGGUUAUCAUACCUAUGUAAUUUCAGGAGAACACCAUCAAAAUAAUUCGCCUAAGAAUCCAGAAGUCAUCCGAAGAAUUGCUCAAAUUCUUUUGGAAGUCUUUCAUAUCGUGAAGAGUCGUAGAAGAGGAAUUGCACACUUGACUUGGAUGUUCAAGACUUGGAAAGUGUUGGGACAAGUGAUCCAUCAAUACGGAUGGUAUUUCUGGACUUGGGUCGUGGCCAAUUUAGGUUUAGUGUUUUUGUUUUUUUCAAAGAAGAGAAAUGAAGGCUUGCAAUCAGAUCAUCCAAGUGUACAAGAUGAAAGUAAAUAA